AAUAAACAGACGACAUGUAAGCUAUCGAAAAUACAGGAAGUUGAUUUUGUUGUUUACGACACGGUUGAGUUCCAUCGAUUACAACACUGGACGUUGACCACAACAUUUGUGGAUUUGGCAGAUGGAUCAAGUGCUGUACAUUAAAUCAGUGAUGGGUGUUGCAAAAUCAAAAAGUUGUGCCUUUCUCAGAUCCAUAUUUGAUGUGUAUGUUACCAUGUAAAAGUAUGAUGACCCAUUACAGUGGUAUAGGAGUGGUGCAGUUACCAUGUUAAAACAGGAUGCACAUUCUCCUAGAUGAUGUUUCAAUGAACAUGUAUUAAGAAGCAAUACAUUUCUCCAGUUAUUACCGUACUCACAUCAGUAGCAAGUUAUGUUAGUAAUUUUUUCUACUCAUCGGCACAUCACUGAUAACAGUUAUUUGUACUUCACUAACCAGUUGUACACAGUUUAGUCACUGUCCCGUUUUAUUCAGUAAACACACCUGAACAAAAUGCUAUCACUUCAUAACAUCACCCAUGCUGUAAUGAUAGCUGUCCUAGCAACGCUGGUUCGGAAAUAUCUUCAACUCAAGUUUCAGUAUGAAGACCUCGAAUUGGCAGUCCAAUUAUGUGGAAGUAGUGGUCCUGAGAUGCUCGACAAUGACCUUCACGAUUCUGCAGAUUUAGACAAUGGUAAGGAGAGUCUGAGUGAGUCUGAGUUGAACCACAUGGACCACAGGAUUGACGAACCCUCAGGUUCUGUAGGUGAUAAGGGUGUGCAACACUCCAGAGAGUCUUCUAUAGCCAGCGUACUGAGUACAUCAGUUUGGUGCUAUGGUAAAAACAGAUCUGAAAAAUUCUGCCAUUUCCACAACCUCUGUUAUUUUAGUGAACACAAAGAUUUCGUUUUUGUUCAUGGAGAAGACAGUGUGAUGGAAGGUCUUUAUGAAGGGAACUUCAGCAUGUUGGACCUUUCUUCUGUGGAAGGUCACAACAAGUUCUUCUUCUCCUUCGUGAAUGUUCUGUCUGAACAGUUUCGGAAUGUGACGGUUCAGUGGGUGAAUGAAACCAGUCUGGUAUUUUCCCGUUUUAAGCCAGACAACUUGAUGCAUGUACUUCAUGAUGACAUUCUGCCUCUGCAUCACACAGUCAAGUGGAUCAUGUUCCUGACGUGGCAGAUGACAUCUUCGCUUGAUGUUCAGUUUGUUUUCAUGGAUGACUGGGAGGAAAGUGAGUUUGAUAGUUUUUAUGAAACACUAACUGAGCAUCCACCUAUUCAUAAGCUGGAUUUAGAUAACGCUGGCCAAGUGGUGUGUUUCUCAAACAGCUUUGUCGGAAUCAGUAAAACAACCACGUGGUAUCAGUAUGGAUUUGUUGAACCCCAAGGACCAAAACUACAUACUGAAGUUACCUCUAAGCAUAUCCACGACACUAUACAACACCUACUGCAACAUUUACCCAGUGAAGUAAAUACUGAUGAUUAUGGGCAGUAUUUAGUUUUACUAUCACGGAAGCAGAACAGACUGAUUCUAAAUGAAGGAGAAUUGAUCAUUGCCAUAGCUCGAGAGAGUAAAAUGAAAGUGCUGUCCAUCAGUUUUGAGACUCACACCAUUCAUGACAUGAUACACAUUGCCCGUGGAUCACGAGGAAUCAUUGGAAUGCAUGGAUCCCUUAUGUCUUUAUCUUUAUUCCUUCAGCCUGGCAGUAUUAUUAUAGAGCUGUUUCCAUUCGCUGUGAAUCCAUCAAAUUAUACUCCAUACAGGUCUCUAGCGAUGAUUAAGGGCAUGGAUCUUGUAUACAAAGCAUGGGCAAACCCAAUGAAAGAAAACACCAUUGCACAUCCCGAAUAUGUUCCCGAAUUUGGUGGCAUUCAUCAUUUACCGAAACUAGAACAAGACAUAAUAAAAUCACAGACUGACGUCCCAACGCAUUUGUGCUGCUCUGAUCCGUCCUGGUUGUUUCAUAUCUACCAGGAUACCAUCGUGGCUGUCCAGGAGAUUGCGGCCAUCGUAAAGACUGCUAUAGAAGAAAGUUCAAGCAUCAGUAAUUGGACUCCCUCGAUGAUGGACAAGGCUGGUCUGUUUCCUGGACCAGUUAACAAUGCUGCAUGCGAGAGAAUUGUCAGUGAACGGAGGCUGACUUUGAAGUUAACAUGGGAACAGCCGUGGAACGUUCCGUACAUUAAAUUUGAUAGCUUGAACUAUGAGGUGUGGUUGCAAAACGUCAAUAAGGAUGAUGAAAUUGUUUCAUUUCUGUUAUCGAACAAAACUACGCAUAUUUUAUCAAGGUCGAUUGAACCCGAUUUUACCUACCAUAUUUGGGUUAGGUGUCUGAUCGACGGACAUGUCAAUGGGGAAUUUAGAAGUGUAUUGGAUUGUUAAAUAUAGUCUAUCGGGGUAUAAUUUUGUAUACUUUACUUCCGACUAUGAACCUGCUUUAAGUGUUUUUAAUACAUGUCUGUGUUCAUUUAUAAAUAAUGAGAAUCCAUACUAUUGAAUUUAUACGAACUUGGCUGUCCUCUUUCCGUAUUCUGUCACUAAACAGCUAGAAUUCUGAUGGAGGACAUUCGAGCUAAAUGUACUUUUAACAGCCCUUGAAAUUCGUAUCAUCUUGUGAGAGCAAUUGUAUGCAAACAUAAAGUAAAUAUUCUAGAAUAAAACUACUGCGGCAAACUGGUUUUGCAACAGCUAUUUUACGACAGCACUGCUGAUUGCUGUCGCGAAUUUCAAGGGCUGGUAAUAAUGGAAACUGAUAAUUGUAAGCUGGUGUGUACCAUUUUUGGGAUACGCAACAAGACAAAUAGAUGACCAAUUUCGCUUUUGCGUAACACGUCACGACUGUAAAUGAUGUCUUGAAUUUAAUAUGUCAAAAAAACCGAAGCAAAGGUAACCCAAAACUAUAUGAGCCAACGAAACAUUGUUAUCGCAAUUUUCAGAGAUCUGUGUUUUUAGUGCUAGUCAGGUGUCUGGAGUGGGGUUGAGGUUGAUUUCAAAUCCUGUUCAUUUUACUCAACGUAAAAAGUAAUAAAACUGUUAUAAAAA